AUGUCUAGACGAAUUGCAAGUUUAACACACUUGUUAAGGAAUGGUAGUAAAAGUAUAAGAAUUGAGCCCAGUAUGAUAUUAGAAAUAAAAAAAUUAAAGAAUAUAUAUCAGAAAAAGACAUAUUUGCAAUUAUCUUGGUCACACAAAAACUUCACCAUACAAUGUGACGUAUCUGAAGAAGGAAUAGGCAGUGUUGUUUCAAAAUGA